GUGCCCGGUUUUACCCUCCUCACAGCUGGAUCGAUACACCGAGACUGGAUCGGAUAAACAGCACCGUGGGGUCUGGCACGAGCUGAUCGGGGCUGUUUGUUCUUCAGCGCGAGCGCUUAUUUCAGGCUUGACUGACAGCCGGCUCGGGGGAAACGAGGCCUCGGGAGAGAAACGGAGAGCCAGAUAACGGCGGGGAGAGCGCUAUCGGCUUUCGUCUCGUCUUCCAACACACACCCAAACAAUGCCCGAGAAGUACCGGAGUUGACGUGAAGAAGGAGAACUGGAGCUGUUUGCUGGACCUCUAGCCAUCGAUGUAGUCGUAUCGGUGCUCAGAGCUGAGACUGUCCAGUUUUCGGGAUCGUUUCUUAUCGACGAUGCUCUCUCCUCCGUUUGUUCAUGGUUGUUCGUGAGCUAGGAGGCCAUGGUGCGGCCCUGGCUAAAGGUUCAGCGCUAUUUCCGACGCAAACCUGUCCGCUUCUUCUCCUUCAUCCUGCUCUACCUCACGGCCGGCAGCCUCGUCUUCCUCCAUUCGGGGUUCUCGGGCGCUUCGGGCUCUGGGGGCAGGCACGGCCCUCUGGCGUCAGCUGACAGGGUCGCGGUGACGUCCAUAAGGAGAUUUGAUUAUGUCAAGAGGUCAUUUAAGGACACGCGGACCACCAGGAGGUAUGGAACAGCCUGGACCAAGGUGAAAACCAGCAAAGAGACCGAGGAGGGCAGAGCCAAGUACGUUGGCUGCUACAUAGACGAUACCCUGAAGAGGGCGCUCCGAGGUGUCUCCUUUUUCGACUACAAGAAGAUGACCGUCUUCCGCUGCCAGGACAACUGCGCAGAGAGGGGGUAUCUGUAUGCCGGUCUGGAGUUUGGCGCCGAGUGUUACUGCGGCCACAGGGUUCAGGCGGCCAACGUGUCCGAGUCCGAGUGCAACAUGGAGUGCAAGGGGGAGAAGAGCAGGCUGUGUGGAGGAGCCAACCGCCUGUCCAUCUACAGGCUGGAGCUGAGCCAGGAGUCAGCAAGGAGAUAUGGGAGCUCAAUCUUCAAGGGCUGUUUCCGGAGGCCAGACAACGUCACGCUAGCACUUCCUGUUAGUGCUGCAAUGCAAAAUAUGUCCGUGGACAACUGCGUGGAUCAGUGCACCGAGAAGGAGUUCUCUCUGGCAGCUCUGGCCGGGGAUAAAUGCCACUGUGGUUUCCCCACCACCCACUUCACCCUGCAUGAACCCGAGGAGGAGAAUCUGUGCCUUAAUCACUGUGCCGGCGAGGACUUGGAGAGCUGCGGAAAUGAUGACUACUUUGUCGUAUACCAGACGCAAGUGCAAGACAAUCGGUGUAUGGAUCGGCGGUUUCUACCUGCUCCUUUAAAACGCUUAACGGCUCUGGCUAGCUUUCCCGGGGCUGGAAACACUUGGGCCCGGCACCUCAUCGAGCUAGCCACGGGAUAUUACACGGGAAGUUACUACUUCGAUGGCUCGCUAUAUAACAAAGGUUUUAAAGGGGAGCGGGACCACUGGCGGAGCGGCAGGACCGUUUGCAUAAAGACGCAUGAAAGCGGCAGGAAAGAAAUCGAGGCCUUCGACUCCACUAUCCUCAUGAUCCGCAACCCAUACAAGGCCCUGAUGGCUGAAUUCAACCGCAAGUAUGGUGGGCAUAUUGGGUUUGCCUCUCAGGCCCACUGGAAGGGGAAAGAAUGGCCCGAGUUUGUAAAGAACUACGCACCGUGGUGGGCAUCCCACACCCUCGACUGGGUCCGAUACGGUAAAAAGGUCCACCUGGUGCACUUCGAGCAGCUGAAGCGGGACCUCUUCAUCCAUCUGAAGCGUAUCGUGCUGUUCCUGGGCCUCGAGGUCUCGGAGGACCGGCUGCUGUGCGUCGUCGCCCAGAAGGACGGGAACUUCAAGCGCUCGGGUCUUCGGAAGCUGGAGUACGAUCCGUACACGCCCGAGAUGCGGGAGAAGAUCGACAGCCUUAUACGUACUGUGGACAAGGCACUGAGGGAGCGGAACUUCUCUGGCGUUCCGGAUGACUACAGGUCUAGUUCAUGAAAACCUCAACAUCUUGUCUUACUUGGUCGUUUUUGUUGUUUUUCUUGCUUUUCGGACGACAGUACUAACUCUCCUUUAUAAAGCACUCGGUUUACUUGCUUUUACCAAAAGGACCACAGGAACUUCAGUAAGGAAAACACUAAACCAGCACUUUGCAGAUCUAGAAGGUUCAAUGACAAUAACAGACUGUCAGUGACUGUAAACAUGAAUGACUUUCUACGACGAGGACUAUUGGAAGUCAAGCACUUUUAGUGUGUAAGCCAUGUGUGUUUAUUUUUAUAGCAUGAAAGCAUGUUGCCAUCUCGAUCCUGAACCAUUCGUUUAAUGCUGGCCAGACAAACAUCAUGGCACUGGGCUAGAUGAAGCAGCAUGGAGCCAACAGUAAAUAGCAUAUUUUCAUGAAACAAAUUUGCUUUAUUGAUUAUUUGGGGGUUCAUUUGGCGGUGGUGUGGCACUGUGGCACUGUGAUGGAUUGGCGCCCUGUCUGUGGGGGUUCCUGCCUUGCAGCAGACCUGCUGGAGCCCCAACCAGACUAAAGCAGCUGAUGAGAAUUGAAUAAAAAAUGUAAGCAAGUUGUUUAAGCUUUCUAAACACCUAAACCUAAAAUCUGCAAGUUCAAAAAUAUGCACACAGGACACCCUACAUUCUCAGAUGACUUAAAGAAGACUCAAAGACCCCUUUAAGAGGUACCAUAACAUCAGGUGUGGCCAUUUUCAGAUCAGGGUUACAAAGAAUUACAUCCUGGAGAUGACUGGACCGUCCAAGUAAGCUUGUUGAACAAUGUGUAGCAUGGCGCCACCUUGUGGACUUACCACCUCAAGGGCAAUCAGUGGAUAUGAUCAAUUACCAUGUUUAAGUUUUUUGUAAUGGUUGUAAUUCUUGACAUGAACCUUUGGACCCUACUGUGCUCACACUAACCAACACUUUAUGUUAUUGUUGCAUAUUUUGUUUUUUUGGGUGAUAAAAGGCCUCGAAUAGAGAAAUAUAAAAAAAAAAAAAAAGAAAAGCUAGAAAAUACAAAUGCUGCUGAUGCCAAAGAGUGUGAACCUAAAUUCCACUAAAUUUAAAAGGAAAAAUAAUUCAAACAUCCAUUAGGGUCAUUUUAUUUGGCGUUUUUUGUUUUAUUUCAUUUUGGAGAACUUUUAUCUUAAAAAGCUGACCUGUCAG